AUAAGCAUGAGAAGAUGAGUAAAGUUUACAGCUGUAGACAAAGAAAAGCAGCGUGACUGAGAGACUUCUCUUUGGAUUCCUGCUAAAUGGAUACCAUGGAGGAUCAGUACACCUUUACAUCCACGCAGAGCUUUGACAGCCAAACUGACACCACUUACACCUCCCCUGACUCCUUUGACUAUGACUACCCGGCAGAGUCGGGCAUGUGUGAGAAAACGUGGGUCAGGUCCUUCCGUGGCCAUUACGAGCCACCUCUCUUCUGGACCAUCUUCAUCCUCGGGGCCGUGGGCAACAUCAUGGUGGUUUGGAUUUACACCACCGUGCGCAAUCGCCUGAAGACCAUGACCGACGUGUACCUGCUGAACCUGGCCGUGGCAGACCUCCUCUUCCUGUGCAUGCUGCCCUUCUGGGCGGUCGACGCUGUCAAAGGCUGGGACUUCGGCGUCGGCCUCUGCAAAAUAGUGUCUGCCAUCUACAAGAUCAACUUCUUCAGCAGCAUGCUUCUUCUCACCUGCAUCAGUGUGGACCGGUACAUUGCCAUCGUACAGGUCACCAAGGCUCACAACCUGAAGAGAAAGAGGUUGUUCUAUAGCAAACUCGCUUGCCUCGGUGUGUGGUUUGUCUCCACCCUGCUGGCGCUCCCCGAGUUCAUCUUCGCUCAGGUGAAAAAGGACUCAAAUCAGGCGCAAGCCAACUGUGCUCUGGUUUUCUGGGACGAUGCGUCCAACCAGACUAAGAUCCUGGUGCUGGCCCUGCAGAUCUGCAUGGGCUUCUGCCUGCCUCUGCUGGUCAUGUUCUUCUGUUACUCAGUCAUCAUUCGCACCCUCCUGCAGGCCAAGAGCUUUGAAAAGCAUAAAGCCCUGCGCGUCAUCUUCGUAGUGGUCUUGGUGUUUGUCCUCUCCCAGCUGCCCCACAAUGCCCUGCUGGUUCUGGAGGCCACACAGGCAGCUAAUACUACCAUCACUGACUGCAACGUUAUGAUUGGUUUUGACAUAGCCGGACAGGUUGCCAAGAGCCUGGCCUUUACUCACGCCUGCCUCAACCCCUUCCUCUACGUCUUCAUUGGCGUUCGGUUCAGGCAGGACCUCUUCAGGAUAUUUAAGAUGUGUGCUGGUGGUGUGAGCAAAGGUGGGCUCAGUAAAAUACAGGCAGUUCCCAAACGUCCCUCCGUCAUGUCAGACACCGAUACUACUCCUGCCCUUUCUUUAUAGAUGCAAUUUACCUACACCUGAAAACCUGAGCCGAGUCCUUACAUAUCUCCUCUUGUUUCUCAUGCAUUACUUGUAACUAGCAGACCAAAACAACACCUGCAACCCUGAAAGCAAAAGCAUCUCUGGAUUUUACACAUUUCAUAUUCUGACAGUCACACAUUUGUUUCCCUUGAAUACCUGUAAAAACUGUAAAUGACUGUAAAUACAUUUUUUUUUUAAAAAGUGUUCAUUGUUUUUUUUACAUUUGUUCUGUCGUGUGAUUUUGAAGCUGUAUCUUUGUCUUUCGGGCACAAAAACAACCAUUAAAGCUGAUUAAAAUCG